UAGAAGGUUAAAUAACCUAAUUAUAUCAAAACAAUUGGAGCAAUUUAUCAUGCCAAUUGUAUGGACUGAAAGUCAAACUUUGGAAUUAGUAAUUCUUUAUAGUCGGCAUGAAUGUUUAAGGAAUCCUUUUCAUCCUGAUUUUAAGAACAAACUCUGCCGCUACAAAGCAUAUAAACAAAUCGUGGAUUGCAUAAAUAUCUGCGGUUUAACCGUUUGCGAUUGUAUCAAACGGAUUACUUACAUCAAGGCACAAUAUUGUUACGAGUUAUCGAAAAUCAGUGCAGCAAUAUCUUGCGAGAAAACUUAUAAACCGAAAGCAAGCUGGUUUCCAAUAAUGCACGAAAUACUUUUUCCGUUUAUUGAAACGUACGGUUGCACGAACAAUUCUUGGAAGAUAAGCAAAAAUAAAAACAACAAUUUCAAAAAUUAUUAUAGUAGCGAAAACAAUGAUCAAACAGCGUAUUUUAAUGCAGUGGAAUUAUCGAAACCGCGGAGCAAAGAUUGCAGUUGUCCCUAUGAAAAUUGUUGCUGCUGCGAACCGAAACAUUGGACUCGACCAGAAAGUGAUAAAGUCAUAGAUUCAGUUAUUACAAAUUAUUCGCCUUUGCAUUCACAACAAAUAACCAGAGGCAAUAAUGGAAACACCACCAGGAAACAUAUUACCGCCGAACGUGAAAUGCAAACCGACGCCUCCUUCUUCAAAACUGAAUGCAAGACGUGUGAAACACGUGUGGAAAAUAGUAUAGUCCUUACAAGUGAUUUGGUACAUAAUAAAAUUAUUAAGGCGUGGAAAUUUGGUAUUCAAAUACACUUGGGAAAUAUUUUACAGAAAGAUAUCGUCCCGACGGUCGAAGAGAAAGAAAAAAGAAAGGCUCACGAUGAGUUCGACAUGUUUGGAAAGAGUAUCGCGUUUCAGUUACGAAAUAUAAAUUUCGAAAUUGCGAUUAAGUUGGAAAAACGUAUACAGGAUCUGAUUGCGCAAGAACGUCUUAAUAAUAUAAAAUUGAAAUGCGUAUCGCACAGUGUCCCUAUGGAAUGUUGUAGCUCUAGCUGUAACGAUUGUAAAGUCAAGCCCAAGGAAAUGAUUUGUAGCUGUGGUUUACCGGUGAUAAUGAUCAAAACCGAUCAGUCUUGCGAAUUCGGUCGCAAAUAAUAGACGCAAUAUACAUUUUAUACAAUUUUCGUUAAUUUAUUGUAGUUCACUAGUAUGUAGAAUCCUAUACAGGUCGUUCGGCCACCUCUGGGAAAAAUUU